ACUUGCCUCCAUGGAUCCCACUCCAAACGCAUCGCUCAGCUAGCUAGCUGACUGAUAGUAUGUAGCUAGCUCCACUCCACUCACUCUCCUUUGUGAUCUCACCGGCCGUGGCCAUCACCGUCAAAUAAUGCCUCCCGAGCCCUGACCAAAGUGACCAGUGCUCAGCUCACCUCAAGCAGUACGCCUUUGACUCUUGCUGAGCCAUGGAUGCGAAGGGAUCCGGCGGCGCGCAUAGAGAAGGAGAGGAGACCGGGAACGUCAUGGCCGGCGCCAUGACGGUGGCGAGGGAGUACCGGCGGGGGAACUGGACGCUGCCGGAGACAAUGCUGCUGAUCGAGGCCAAGAAGCGGGUGCACUCGGAGCGGCACCCGGCGGACCUGGGCCUGGGGCGCUGGCGGUGGGUGGAGGACUACUGCUGGCGCGCCGGGUGCCGGCGCAGCCAGAACCAGUGCAACGACCGGUGGGACAACCUGAUGCGGGACUACAAGAAGGUGCGCGCGUACGGCGAGCACGCCGGAGCCGGAGCGGAGGCGCCGAGGCCGAGCUACUGGGAGAUGGCGAGGGCGGAGAGGAAGGCCAGGUACCUCCCCUCCAACCUCCUGCGCGAGAUUUACGAGGCCAUGGCCGAGAUCGUCGAGCGGCGGACGGGCUUCUCCGGCGCCGGCGGCCCGUUCUUGGGCGCGCCGCCGCCGCCGAUGGCCAGCACCGGCCUCGUCGGCGUCCCUAUGCAGGCCUCGCCGCUCGCGCAAGUCCAGCCCCGACCUUUAGACCAAGAAGAAACGCGUUGCAGCUCGGAGUCGUCGCCGGAGAGGAAGAGGCUGCGGCUAUCGCUGGACGGCCAGCCCGGGAGCAGCCGCAGCACGCCAGCGUCAGCCGCAGGGCACAACGAUCGGCACCAAGAGCCCCAGGGCGACGACAGGGAGAUCAGCUCCGACGACGCCGAGGAGCAUGACGAGCUGAGCGGGGCGAUCGGGCAGUGCGCGGCCAUCCUGUCGGGCGCGCUGGAGAGCCGGGAGGCCGCGGAGGAGCGGCGGCACAGGGAGGUGAUGGCGGUGGAGGAGCGGCGCAGCGUGGCCCGGCAGGCGCGGCGCGAGGCCGGCGAGCAGUGCAUGGCCGGGCUGGCGGCCGCCGUGGGCCAGCUCGCCGGCUCCAUGCUCGCGCUCGCCGCCAAGCACGAGGGCCCCGCCGCGCCCAAGUGAGACAAACGAACAAGCCCCGGCCAGACCAAUAAUCCAACGGGAUCUCUCUGUGUGCUGCACGAUGAUGCCGCCCCGCGCCGCGCGCGUGCAGUGAUCGAGUGCGCAGCGGCAUGCAUGCAUGCACAUCUCGCGCGCACGGAGCUCGAGACCGGUGCGCGCUACGAUCGGCGAGCCCGGGACGCCUGAGCCUUGCAUGUGAUUGACAUGUAGCUACUACUACUCCAAAGCGGUUGCUAGGGAGUAGGGAUCCAUCCAUGGCACGUACGUACGUACAUGGACCUUAAUCAGUGUACGUACUUUUGUUCAUGUGCUUGUUUGUUGGGGUUUAUGCAUGCAUGCAUGCAUGCCAUAUUGCCAUUCAUGAUUCGACGGUGGUGUGCGUGAUCGAGUAAUGGCAUGCUAGCUGCAUGAGGGCUUAGCAUCUGGAAAUGUCUUUCGUGCUGUCAAUGUAAAGUGCAUUCAAAAAUCUUUUUUGCAAGCAUGUUUGUGUUUAUA